UUGUCCCGGGAAGAUUCGUAUAACCUCUUCUUAUUUGUACAAUAUUUGUAAGAAAAUGCAUAUUUGUGCCACUUCAUGAUUGCUGUUAUUAAAUUAACAAUUACUCAGAAUAAAAUCUAUGUUUUUUCGUGAUUUAUUAAAAAGUGCAUUUCAACGAAAAAUUUGAAACUUAAUAGUCCAUUUUUAACAAUAUUAAAUUAGGACUACUUCUUAAAUUUUCGAAUGAAAUUCAUAAUGAGAAUGGUUUUAAUGAUAAUACAUUUAUUGUAAAUUAAACGUAUACGAUUAUAAAAAUAUUUUCAAUUAAAUAAAUUUUCGAUUGAUUAAAUAGAUAUUAUCUAAUUUUAAAAAAUAUUAUUAAUAAACAACAUAUUUGUAAAAAUUGUGUAUUGUAGUGAUUAUUUAGUUUUAUAAUCCAAAUGUCAAAAAACAAGUUAAAUUUGACAUUACCUCCUGGUUCAAUAGAACCAGUUCCAGCUGUAUCACCAUCACCACCAGUACCAUCGUUACCUAUUUAUUCUGAACCACCAGUAAUACCAGAUGGAGUAAUGGGAAAAAUGAGUAUAGAUGCUAUUCAAGAAAGGUUAGAGGAAUUAGAAAUGGAUGAAGAGCAAAGAAAAAGAUUAGAAAGUUUUUUAGGUCAAAAAGAAAAAGUUGGGGAAUUAUGUGAUGAAGAUUUUGAAAAACUUGGUGAACUUGGUGCUGGUAAUGGUGGUGUUGUUAUGAAAGUGAGACAUAAAAAAUAUGGACUAAUAAUGGCAAGAAAGUUAAUACAUUUAGAAGUUAAACCUGCAAUUAAGAAACAAAUAAUCAGAGAAUUAAAAGUACUUCACGAGUGUAAUUUUGCACAUAUAGUUGGAUUUUAUGGUGCUUUUUAUAGUGAUGGAGAAAUUAGUAUAUGUAUGGAAUAUAUGGAUGGUGGUUCAUUAGAUUUAAUAUUGAAAAAAGCUGGAAGAAUUCCAGAACCUAUACUAAGCACAAUUACAUCAGCAGUUUUGAAAGGUUUAAGCUAUUUGCGAGAUAAACAUGCGAUUAUGCAUCGAGAUGUAAAACCAAGCAAUAUCUUAGUAAAUAGCGCUGGAGAAAUAAAAAUUUGCGAUUUUGGUGUUUCCGGACAAUUAAUCGAUUCUAUGGCUAAUUCAUUUGUCGGAACGAGAAGUUAUAUGUCGCCAGAAAGACUUCAAGGUACACAUUAUUCUGUUCAAAGUGAUAUUUGGUCUCUAGGAUUAUCACUUGUGGAAAUGGCAAUUGGAAUGUAUCCAAUUCCACCUCCAGAUGAAAAAACUUUAGCUGCAAUAUUUAAUACUCCGACAGGUCAACCACCUGCAGAAAGUGCAGCUACAAAUAAUGCUUCUACUCCAACGCAAUCCCCAGGACAUAAUACGGGUAGUCCAAGACCGAUGGCUAUAUUCGAGUUAUUGGAUUAUAUCGUGAAUGAACCACCACCAAAAUUGCCCGCUGGUAUUUUUAGCGAUGCUUUUACAGAUUUUGUGGAUCGUUGUUUGAAAAAAAAUCCUUCUGAAAGGGCAGAUUUAAAAACACUAAUGAAUCAUGAAUGGAUUAAAAAAGCUGAAUCUGAAAAUGUAGAUAUCGCUGGUUGGGUAUGUCGUACAAUGGAUUUACAACCGACUACUCCAACGCGUUUAGCGAAUGUACAAUCCUGAAUAAAUGUCACUCUUACAUACUUGACUACCUAUAUACGCGUUCAGUACUCUUAAGUUAAUUUUCAUUUCUUUUCGUUCUAUUAAUAUGAACAGUGGCGUCUAUAAACUUCAUUUUUUCUUUUAUUAACAUUAUAAAGUUUGUAAAAUGAAGAUUUUUCGCGAUUUUGAAAACAGAUUUAUUUAUAAGACUCUGUUAUAUUUUUUUUUCUUCUCUCUCACUCUCUCACUUCUUACUUUCUUUUUCACUGUAUUUUAAAAUUUGCUCAAUCAUUCAUAUAAACACUUGAACAAAAAGCAUUUAUUAAUUAGAAUUUAAGAGCAUUAAUAUAGAUUUUUCGAUAUAUCAUUUAUUUUUACUUUUUUUCUUUUAAAUAGAUAUUUACUUAUUUAAAUGCAUAAGAUAUUAAUUAUUAAUUGUAUCAUAAUAUUCUAUAUGAAUAUUGAAUUUAUAUUAAAUUAUUUUUAAAUAUAUAUCAUAAUCUGAUUUUAAAGUCGCGAUAACAAUUGUGUUUAAUUUCAUGAACAUGAUUGAAUAUAUGAUCAUUUUUAAUGUAUAUAUGGUAAAAUAUAAAAAUCUACAUUGACAUAUUUGCAUGUAUAAAUACGUCACUGUGUUUAAUUUUUAUUUAAUUUUACACAUAUUUCGUAUCUUUGACUUAUGUUUUUGUUGAAAGUAUGUAAGAUAAACGAUUAUCCUUAUAAGUUUAACGUUAUUGUACACUCAUGGGCAAGUUGUGUUUCCUAUGAUAAUACAAGGAUACAUAAAUGGGCAUCGGAUUUAUGAAGAUAUAAUUUGAAGAAAAAAUCGUUAAUU